AUGCCUAGACCCAAAGUCCGCCCGGAAGAUCGCCAGCGUUCAUCCAAGGCCUGCCUGCCCUGUCAGGCAUCCAAAAUACGAUGUGACUCCCUGAAGCCAUGUACAUCCUGUGCCCGGCGUGGCAGAUCCGAGACCUGUGCAUACAGUGAGUCACAAGGGCGGCGGCUGUCAAGGGCUCGCCGCAACCGCGAGGUGAGAUUUGCGCCUUACAGCGGCCUUGAAACUGAAGCACCCGCCUCCACACCCGCGAAGACAGCGAAGGAGAUUAGAACUUCUCCUCCGGACCAGAGUCACAAUGAAGAAGACAGCUUAUUGCCGGAGACUGCAUCAUCCAUUGCUGCCCCCGUGCAGUCGCCGGAAUGUACAGAAAGCAGGUUGCUUCUGAGCUCCAAAGGAGAGAAAGUUUAUAUUGGAGAAACGUCAUCACUGUCAUUCCUGCAGUUUCUCCGCGGUAUUAUGAUUCAGUAUAUGGGCCCAUCCUCGUUUACGGAGAAUGGCCGUCUGAACGUCAUGCUGGAGGCGGACACGAAUGUGAAUCGUAAUGUCACCAUUGAAGAGAGUUUGGCAGAAAAGCAAGAAUUGAUUCAGAUAUGCUUUGAAGCGUGUAGCGGCUUCCUUGAUCUUUUUGAUAAAGACGACAUUCAAAGGCUCCUUCUUGAAGAUUCUUCUCGUGAGGGUAAAGUCAAUAGGGAAGAAAUGGCUGUUUUGUAUAUUGUAAUAGCCAUCGGUGGCCAAUGCCGCGGAUCAAGUCAUUCGGACUUUCAGUACGCUGCAAAGUACUUUGCAAAGGGUCAGCAGUAUGCAUUCGAGGGUAUGCUUAGGGACCCGAGCAUCAACUUGAUCCGCACAUUCCUCCUCAUGGCAUUUUAUAUGCUUGGGGCAUGCCAUCGCAACGCGGCAUAUAUGUAUCUCGGUAUUGCUUCCAAAGCGGCUGCCGCACUAGGAUUACAUAUCGGAAAGCAAGAUCAGGGUCUAUCGAAGGAUGAAUUGAGAACUCGUUGGCGAACAUUCAAAUCUCUAAGAGUUUUUGAUCUCGUGGUCAGUUUCCUCCUGGGACGACCUCCGGGCUCAGUGCCUUUUGACAGUAUUCGUUCGCCAUGGGAAAACGACUCACCUUCCCAUAGCGUCGCGGUUUCAGCUGCUUAUAAUGGCUCAGGCUUGCUGGAAGAGAUUGUGCAGCAUCUGAAAAGAGUUGGUAACAACUUCGACAUUCCAACUGCAGAGGGAUUUCUUCAGCGUUUACGCCAAUGGAUCCAAGGCUUGCCUCGCGACUUUCGGCAGAUAUCCUUUGAUGAGGGGGAAAGUGUCUCAGCAGUCCGAGAAACUGCCAUUGGUAACAUUCAUGUUAGCUGCAUAUAUUACUUCGCCAUCAUUCUGACAACACGAUCGUUUCUGAUCUCGCACUUGAUUUCUCGACUAAAGGAAGCUUCUGUUGUCUCUCCGGAUCCUAGGCUUGCUGCAGUUGGAGGUCCAGAACAACAGCAAAUAAGUCCCCAAUUGGCCCACGUAUGCAUCAGUGCGGCCACAUAUAUGGCAACCAUGUGUGAGAGAGCAAUGGUAUCCGAUCUCCUUUUAAACAACAUGUGUAUGAUGAAAGCUUGGGUCUUUGCAGCGGGGCUAAUACUGGGCUUCUCACUCUUCGCCUACGAUGUCGCUGAAUCCCGCGUUGAAACCGAGUCUGCAUUUCAGAGUGCCAGACAUGUCCUACGAAAUCUAGCCAUCUUGAGUCCCCAGGCAAAGCAAUACGAUGAAAUAUUGACUUCGUUCGCGGAGGCAAUCGUCCGACAUCGACAGCAGAAUCUGUCUGCGCGACAAAAAGUAGCAGAUCGAUACAUUGACUGUGUUCUGAAUAUCGACGUAAAUGUCAUGGAUCCGAUGCAACGCCAAAGUAGACUCGGCUAUCCCGAGGCCUGGGAGCAACCACCCCUGAUAGCUACUCAGAUGCCCAGGCUAUCGGCGCCAGAAUCGGGAGGCGACAACAGCGGUGGCCAUAUAGAUGGGACGGAAUCCGAGAUUGGGGACGGCCUUGAUCUUGAUGGUUUCAACGUGUUGCCUUUUGAUGAUGGGGUUAAUUUAUCGAUUGAUUAUGAGCCGUUUGGGCUACUGCUUGAUGGGAUUUAG